AUGAAGAAGGGAAUCCACCCCGCCUUGCAGUGGCUCAGCCUCGUCACGCCGCAGGGCCGCCUUGUGCGCGUGCUGUCCGCGCAGGUGUUCAAAUCCGACCGUCCGUUCUACAUCCGCGAUCCGGGCAAGAAGGCGGAGACGGAGGGGCAGAUCGCAAAGUUUAACAAGCGCCGGCAGGUGGAUGGCAGCCGCCACGUCAGCAUGCGGCGGAAUGACGUCAGCGCGUGGCGGCCCGCCAACGAAUUCACCAGCUGCUGCGAGGAGGGGGAUGGCGCGGGGAGAGAGGGGACGCAUGACUCGGGGGCAGAUUCUUACAGGGGUGAUGCGUGGUGCAAUGGGGUUGGAAUGGGUGGUAAGGAGGGAGAUGAAGGUCGCAUGAGUGGUAGAGCACGAGAGGGAGAACAUUCGUACGGAGAGACGGCCUUUGAGGCGCGUCAAGAGCAGCAGGAGUAUGCUUCAGUGGGGGCAAGUUCUGAGGGCUCUGCAGCAGGCCCGCAGGGGUGUGCUUGGCAGAGGCAGCAACAAGGGUACUCUGCCCUGUCCACGCACUCUCAACCGGACUUUUUGCGUUCCUAUGGGGAGACUGAGACGAGUUUUGACGCUGUGGAGAGUGCUGAUGGCGGUGGCGCUCCAAUGGCAGCGCGCCACGUGGCGGAGCUGUCGCCGUCCCUGCACAGGCACCCCGAGGGAUGGGAUGCGGCGCUGAUGCGAACUCUAGAGGCGGAUCCUCUAGGGGUGCAUGGUGGGGGGAUGAUCAGUGCAGGGGUGGAUGGGGGAGGAAUGAAUGGCGCAUGGGUGAACUGUGCAGUGUUGAAUGGAGCAGGGAUGCAUGGUGGAGGGGUGGACGGUGGUGGAAUGAAUGGUGGUUGCAUGCAAGGUGCAUCGCCCCCCCACACCUCUCCUGCAGAGCUCCUUUCGUGUGCGUCCACCUCCUGUCUCCUCCACCUCCGCAGCCUCUCCCCCACUCCCACUCCCACCCACCCAUCCCAUCCCGGCCUUUCCUUAUCGCCUCCGCCCGUGGUUCCUCCUCUCUCCCUCACCACCUCCACUGCGCCAGCGCCAGCGCCGCUAACCCCCCCUCUGCCCUGCUGCCCCGCUGCCACAUGCCCAACUCACACCCCCUCUCAUUCCGCCCCCUCCUAUUCCGCCCGCUCUCAUUUCGCCCCUCCAGUUGCACCGCCCCACCAUGCGUCGCACAAUGCCUGCACCUCAAAGGCCUGGCUCCCCUCGUCCUGUCCACAAGCUGUCUCCUGCCGCUUACCCUACUCCCUCUCACGUCUCCUCUUCUCGAACCUCUUUUUCCUCCUCUCGAGCCUCUUUUUCCUCCUCUCCUCGCCCUCCCCUCUCCUCACCCCUCCUGCCCGUCCCCUCUCCUGCUGUUUCCUCUGCACCGGGCUCGCAGCAGCCUUCCUCUCGUUACAGUACGAGUCGGAGUUCUAUUCCAGCAUGGUGCAUCACAGGGGCAUCAUCUCAUGGGGUGCGGUGGACCCUUGCCAGCAGCAAGCUACCCCGUUCAUACCCAAUCUGCCCCGCACCCCCUUCCCUUUCUCCCCCCCAUCUCCCCCUCCCCCCUAUUCCAUCAGGUACGAGUCGGAGUUCUACUCCAACGUGGUGCACCACCGGGGCAUCAUCUCGUGGGGUGCGGUGGACCAUUGCCAGCCGGACCGGCUGGUGGGCUUCAUCACUGCGCGCCUCGUGCCGCCUGCCGAGGCGCAGGUGUGUGCAGGGCGCAUGGCGUAUCAGGUUUACGGAUCCGGGUUCAUCACUGCGCGCCUCGUUCCGCCUGCAGAGGCGCAGGCGCAGUGUGGCACGGGGGGGAUGGAGAAAAAGGGGGAGAGAGAGGAGGGGGGGGUGGGGAUGGUGCAUGGGGUGCAUGUGUGGGCCAUAAUCUCAUGGGGCGCAGUGGGCCCGUACAAGCCUGACCGGGGUGGGGUUCAUCACUGCAUGCCUGGUUCCGCCUGGAAAGGCACAGGUGCAGUGUGGAAAGAAGGGGGGGGGAGUGCAGCAUGGGGGUAUGCAGCAUGGGGGUGUGCAGCCUACUCUGGCGCGGACGUGCUUCCUCUGACUCCUCCAUCGCCCCACCACACUCCACCACCCUCGCUCGUCUACAUUCUCACGCUCGGUGUUUCCAAGCGCUACCGCAAGGCUGGCGUGGCAUCACACCUGGUGCAUCUCCUACUCUCCCAUGCCGCCUCCCUCCCCCACUGUGCGGCCGUCUACCUGCACGUGGUCGCAUACAACGCCGCAGCCAUCCGCUUCUAUCGCUCGCUGCGCUUCUGCUUCCGCCGCCGCCUCUCGCGCUUCUACUAUCUCGAAGGGGGCGAGUACGAUGCGCUGCUCUUUGCGCGUUACGUCAACGGCUGGUCACCGCCCGACUCCAGGUCCCAGUUGCAAGGGCCUACUCUACAGCUACUGCAGCCUACAUUCACAGCAGCUUCUGCUGCAGUGUCUGCCGCCAUGUCCCUAGUGUGCGUUCGCCCACCCGCUUCCCUUCUCCGAGCUGCAAUGCAUUCUGCAUGGAUUUGCAAGUGUCUUGAGUUUUUCAGAUCAACUUUCUUCUCUAGAGAUGCAUCUAGGCUUGCGUAA